AUGGGUUGUGUGUGUGGGAAGCCCUCAUCGGCUGUUGAUGACAGCCCAAAACAGAGAGAGUUAAUUCGAAAAACAUCUGAACUGCGCAUGGCUCGAGCAGUUUCCAGGAAGAAGAAUGAGUGCUUUUCAUCAAAGGAUGAUAAGCUGGAGAAUGGGGAGAUUAAAAUUGGGUUGAUUGAUAGGAAAAGUAAUGGGUCUCGAAGGGUGAGGGACGAUUAUUACGAAAAGAAACGAGAGAAAGAUUCUGAUGAUGACAUCAAAAAUUUUCCGCCUAGCAUUAGGAACCUUCCGAAAGCCAUCGAAGGAGAACAGGUUGCUGCUGGUUGGCCGUCUUGGCUGGUUGAGGUGGCAGGGGAAGCUAUCAAAGGGUGGGUCCCACGGAAGGCGGAGACUUUUGAAAAACUCGAUAAGAUUGGCCAAGGAACUUACAGUAGCGUGUACAAAGGCCGUGAUCUCAUGCACAACAAAUUCGUUGCCCUGAAAAAAGUACGUUUCGAUAAUAUGGACCCUGAAAGUGUCAAAUUCAUGGCACGGGAAAUUCACAUCUUACGAAGGCUUAAUCACCCAAACGUCAUUAAACUCGAAGGCUUAGUCACCUCAAAAACAUCUUGCAGUUUAUAUCUUGUGUUCGAGUAUAUGGAACAUGAUCUCACUGGACUUUCCUCAAUUCCAGGUGUCAAGUUCACCGAACCACAGGUCAAGUGUUAUAUGAAGCAGCUGCUAAGUGGGCUCGAUCAUUGCCAUAGUAAUGGCAUUCUGCACCGUGAUAUCAAAGGAUCAAACCUCUUAAUCGACAACAAUGGAAUUUUGAAGAUUGCAGAUUUUGGUUUAGCGAGUUAUUUCGAUUGUAGCCAGAGAGUUCCAUUGACGAGCCGUGUUGUAACUUUGUGGUAUCGGCCGCCUGAGCUUUUACUUGGUGCGACUCAGUAUGGAGUUGCUGUGGAUUUGUGGAGUACAGGCUGUAUACUCGGAGAAUUAUAUGCUGGAAAGCCUAUUAUGCCUGGUAGAACUGAGGUUGAGCAACUGCAUAAGAUAUUUAAACUGUGUGGUUCACCCUCGGAGGAUUAUUGGAGAAAUUCAAAGUUGCCUCAUUCCCCGGUUUUCAAGCCUAUUCAGCCUUACAGACGGAGGAUUGCCGAAACUUUUAAGAAUAUUCCGGAAACUGCCACCGGGGCACUGCAUCUUUUGCCCUUCAGAGUGAGGCAAGGAGCCAUAGGAGUGAAGAGUCACAAAUGCGAAAACGAUUAUAAAAGGUCGAAAGAAUCGCAAAGUGCUACAGAACUUAUUGCUAAUGCUGACCUGGCUAGGUCGAUACAGAGGAGGCAUGGCAAUGUGAACCCAAAGUGCCGCGACGAAUUAUUCGACCCUAAAAAAGACGGAAAUGCCCCUGGUUCGGACAACCGGCAAAAUCACCAGGAACGAGUGUCUAGCUCGGGACUACUCGGCCCUAGGGCCAGCUGUACACUAUCCGGAAGAAAAAUUAGUGAUAAUAAUACAUCAUCCUACUUUCUUCCUUCUAGAAACAACUCGUGCAAUGUGGAGCCGAGGGAAAAAGUAGUCUCGUCUUUUGUGGGGCCCACAAAUCAAACGGGCAGGCUUUCAGAGUCGUUUGGGGAUCCCAUGAGAAAACAGGACAGAAGGAGCCAACCGAAAAUAUUUUGUGGCUCUCGAAAUGAAGAAAAAAUGGGAAAACAAGAAGAAGAUGUUACGACAAUGCACUUUUCGGGUCCUUUACUUGCUACAUCAAACAACAUAGAGAAAGUGCUCAAAGAGCACGACUUUCGGAUUCAAGAAGCUGCUCGGCGCAUAAGGAAAGAGAAGAUGAGAGUUGAUAGGGUUCGGGCUCGGUAG